CAAAUUUCAACCUGACGAUCAGUCACAGACGUUCUCUCUGCCCACGGUGGUUGUUAAAAACAAACCCAAAAGUUGAUCAGCUUAUCGUGCAGUUUAUACAGACACAUAAAACAAUAAGCAACAUGUUCCGAGUGUUCGUUAUUGCAGCUCUGGCCGCCGUCGCUGUUGCCCAGAACCCGGACGCCGAUGCACAGAUUCUGAGCUCCGACAGCUCUGUCAACCCGGACGGUUCGUACGCCUGGAACUACGAAACGAGCAAUGGUAUCCGUGCCCAGGAGGAAGGAGUCGGUGGCCAGUCGGCGCAGGGUUCCGCCUCGUGGACGGACCGUGACGGCACACCCAUCCAGCUGACGUACGUUGCCGAUGAGAACGGAUUCCAGCCGCGUGGUGAUCAUCUGCCCCGUGAAGGUCCUGUGCCGGCCCAUGUCCUGAAGACGCUUGAGUUCAUUCGUGCCAACCCACCCAAGGAUGAUCCGAACUUUAACAUUCAGGCUUUGGAGGCUGAAAUCGCCAGACUGCAGGCCCUCAAGUAAGAUGGGGAAAAAAGCUCAGAAGAGACAGAGCCACGAAGUUGACGGUUUGUCACUAUUCUUCAUCAGUCAUUAAGAACCAGAGAGAUAGAUAGGGGAGAGGCAGAAGGAUAACAAGUAGACAGUAGUAGAUCGCGAGAGAGAGAGAGAGAGAGAGAAAGAGUGUGCUAGGGAACACACUAACGCGUGCGGAUUAGCAAUAGAACGAGAUUUUGUGAAGGCGUUUUCGCUGUGACCUGUGCACAUACUCAUGCAACAACACUAAAAAACAAAAGCACACAACCAAGCGGCAGAUCAGCAUCCUGCUCCAAAAGCAUUUGCUACGAUAAACGUUGCUAGGGAAAGCGAAAACGAGGUUAGAAGGAGCAUAACAAAACACACAUAAACACUAAACACUCAAGCAGCAACGAAAGGGAAAGGCACAAAACAUCGAAAAGGAAGGCAAAGCCACAAACGAACCAUCAGACGUAUAGGGAGAAAGACGCAUGGCAUCCCUUUUUUAAUUCUUUUACACCACACUAUUUACUGCGAAGCUGUAAUACUUUUGUACAUAAUUUUGACUAGUUCAUUUACAAACGUCUGUAAAAAAACAAUCCA